AUGGCAGGAGCCAUUGACGAAUGGACAAGGGAAGAAAAUAAAGCCUUCGAGAUUGCCAUAGCCACCUACAAUAUUGAAUGCAUCGAAAAAGGGGAGUGGGAGAAAGUUUCUUUAUCUGUUCCUGGAAAAUCUGUUGAUCAAAUAAAACUACACUUUAUGCACCUAUUGAUGGAUGUGGAGGCCAUCGAUUCUGACCAAGGACCACUUCCUGAUUACAAGUAUGAUGAAGACGAGAACGAUGGUGACGAUGGAAACAAUGGUGAUCGUGGUGAUACCAAAGAGAAAGAGAUGUCGAUGGUGCCUUGA